UAAAAAGACAUGGGCCUAGUCACGAUUAAUGUAAAACGCCUCUCCUCUCAGAAAGGGGCAGUGGCUGAUUAAUAAUACAUACCCUAAACCCGCCCAUUUAAUGUUUAUUGAUCAGCAGUCAGAUUCAGUCUGGAUAUGGCGUCGCUGCACCGACACGGGAUGAAUUUUUACCUCUCCGUGGGAAUUUGCCAGUCGCGUACCGGGACGGCACUUUUGGGUUUUUGUCGUUGUUAAUAGGGAUCAUACAUGGCGAUGGAGGACGAGGAUAAUAAUACAGCGGUCGUGGCGACGAACACCCAACCGGGCAUCAAGAAAGGAGGUGAUGUCGGAGAUGACGGGGCUUGCAUAGACAGGCAGCCGGACACGGUAGUACACCAAGCGGGGCUGAAUCAGACUGCAGGUCGCGGCAGCCGCAGUGGUCCGGGAGCUCAUGCUGCGACGGGGAUCCGAGUGCUAAAGCAGCGCAACAUGAAACGGAAUGGGAGUCGUGGCUGUGUGACGAGAAAGACCCGAUUUGGAUCAAGAGAGCGGGACUGGCUAAAGGGGGACACCCAACGGGGCUGUGUGUGUCUGUAUGGGGGCACAGUCGACCCCCAGCUACCUGCCUCUGGCCCACAGGCCUCCUCCACCCCUCAGACAGACCUGCAGUUGGUGCUCUGCUCCACCAGUACCACAGUGGAGGAGCUGUGUGCUCAAAGGGACGGACAGGGACUCUAUGUUCAGCUGCAUGGGGACCUAGUCAGGAGGCUGGACCCCUCUGAGCGUCCACUCCAGAUGCUGUAUGACUACCUGGCAGCCAUGGGCUACACAGAGCCUAUACGAGUGCAGCAAGAAGCAGCCAACUCAGACCUCAGCUGUUUGAUUCGUUUCUACAGUGAGCGUCCAGUGAAUGCAGACCAGCAGGAGCGGACCCUGCUGAAAGGCGUAUUCAGCGUCAGGAAGGGCAAGACGCAGCUGCACAAGUGGGCAGAGCGACAGGUCAUUCUCUGCGGCACCUGUCUAAUCGUGGCCUCUGUCAAAGACAGCCUGACUGGGAAGAUGCACAUCCUACCCCUGGUGGGGGGAAAGGUGGAGGAGGUGAAGCGGAGGCAGCACUGUCUGAUGUUCAGCUCAGCCGGAUCACAGGCCCAGACAUACUUUGUCAACUUUGACACGCUUGCAGACUACCAGCGAUGGCAUCGGCAGGCCUCAAAAGUGGUGUCUCAGACAGUCAGCCUGGUGGACCUGUCCUGCUACAGUCUGGAAGCAGUGCCUGAAUAUCUAUUUUACAGUCAGGAUGUCACCCACCUCAACCUGAGACACAACUUCAUGAGUCUUCAGGGGCCUGGAGGCCUGCUCAACCUCCCCAGGUUUUCUCAGCUGAAGAGCCUGAAUCUGUCUCACAACCGUCUGGGUGUGUUCCCUGAAUGUACGUGUGAGAUCCUCACCCUGACUGAACUCAACCUCUCCUGUAAUAAUCUCCACACCGUCCCUGUGCAGAUAGGCAACCUUCAAAGCCUGCAGACACUGUUUUUGGAUGGGAACCAUCUCAGCUCCCUGCCUGAAGAGCUGGGUGGCCUUUCCCAGCUCAACAGCCUGGGGCUCUCCUUCAACAACUUCUCUCACAUCCCUGCUGUGCUGGAGAGGUUGAGUGCAGUGGACAAGCUGGCCAUGGCUGGGAACAGAGUGGAGAGUCUGGAGUUGUGUACUUUGGCCAGAAUGAGCCACCUUAAAAACAUCGACCUCCGAUUAAAUGGGCUGCACUGGUUGAAAAGUGUUAGUCUAGAGGCAGUGAGCCAGGUGACCCAGCUGGAUUUACGGGACAAUUACUUGGACUCACUAGACCUGAGCUCCGUGUGCAACCUGGAGACUCUGCAUUGCCAGCGCAACCAGCUGGGGACACUCACACUCAGCGGUUUCACACUGCGCAUGCUUCAUGCCAGCAGCAACCGCCUUACAACAGUCAACAUCUAUCCAGUCCCUAACCAGCUGACACACAUGGACCUAUCACAGAACCUUUUGGAGUACCUUCCGGACUGGGUGUGUGACUGCAGAAAAAUUGAGAUGCUGGACGUCACGCACAACCUCCUGUCUGAGCUUCCUUCCAGACUGCUCAACAGCUUGAGUUUGAGAAAGCUGCUGGCGGGGAACAAUCGUUUGCAGAGAGUGUCUGACCUACUUGACCACAUCCCUCUGGAAGCCCUAGACCUCCAGCACAACAAGCUAGCUGAGCUCCCUGAGAGUCUGUUUUACAAGGCCUUAAACCUAAAAUACUUAAAUGUGUCAGCCAAUGCUCUGGAAAGUAUUCCUCCCAGCAGCCCAUCAGAGGAGAGCCUCAGCACACUCCAGGAACUCUACAUGACGGGGAACAACCUGAAUGAGAACUGCGGUGCAUUGUUAGUUGGACACCAGAACCUGCGGGUCCUUCACAUCGCCUACAACCAGUUGCUCUCUUUCCCUGCCAGUAAGCUGAGUAAGCUGGAACUGCUGGAGGAGCUAAAUCUAAGUGGCAACAAGCUAAAGACUAUCCCCUCCACUGUGUCCAGCUGUAAGAGACUGCACACCCUCAUAGCACACUCCAACCACAUUACUGUCUUCCCAGAGAUCCUCAACCUGCCUGAGAUCAAGCUUGUAGAUCUAAGCUGUAAUGAGCUGACUGAGAUCCAGCUGCCUGACUCGCUGCCUGCCACUCUGCAAGAGCUGGACCUGACAGGCAACAGCAGCCUGAUGCUGGAACACAAAACCCUCAACCUCUUCAGUCACAUCACCACCCUGAAGUUAGACCAGAAAUCUACCACGACAGCAGGAGACUCACAGAGUGCCUCCCCUCCAUGGAACCACGGUUACUCUGAAAUGAGCGGCCAAAGAAACAAGUUGUGUGUGUCUGUGCUGGCUGUAGACCGGUUUGGAGACGGUGUGGAAGCAUGUUAUGGCAUCUUUGAUGGCGACCGCAAUGAGGAAGUGCCUCGGCUGCUGCAGUGCACCAUGGGAGAUGUGCUGUGCGAAGAACUGCAGCACUCCAGUAUUGACAAUGUGUAUAUGUGCAACACCUUCCUCACCUCACACAGGAAACUAGGAAUGGCUGGCCAGAAACUGGGUGCUUCUGCAUUGCUGUGUUAUAUUCACCAUGAGCCUUCAGAUCCAGGAGGCUACUUCAGCCUCACUGUGGCCAAUGUGGGCACCUGCCAGGCAGUGUUGUGCCGGGAUGGCCGACCUAUACCUCUUUCUAAAGUUUACAGCUUGGAGAGCUGCACUGAGGAGAUGGAGAGAGUUAAACUCAGUAAAGCCAUUAUUACCGAGGAUAACAAAGUGAGUGGAGUGACAUGCUGCUCUCGCCUGCUGGGCUGCUCUUAUCUGUCUCCCUGGGUGCUUCCAAAGCCCUGGGUGCACACUAAGCCUCUCUGUUCCCAGGAUGAGUUCUUGAUCCUGGGGAAUCGAGCGCUGUUUGAACGAGUCUCCUACCAGGAGGCCGUGUGCACUGUACAGGCUGUGCGAGAUCCUCGCGCUGCUGCCAAGAAGCUAUGUUCACUUGCUCAGAGUUAUGGUUGCAAAGACAACAUUGAGGCUGCAGUGGUAUCCCUGCAUAUUGCUGAAGAUAGCUGUACCUGUGAGCCACCUGUCUCCACCACUGAACCACGGGGUCCCCCUCCCGCCCCUGUGCCUGUGACCGUGACCCCAGGCCCCAGUGACCCAGCCACCCUUUCAUCCAGCAGUGGUAUUGUCUCGGAGUUUAACAGUGAGACAUCAGCCUCAGAGGUGGGCAGUGAGGCGGGGUCCACCGCUUCAGACGAGCACCCAUCCUCUGUCCCUGCAUCCCGCCCAGAGAGACGCUGUAGCCUACACCCUGCUACUACACUGUGUGGGAUUAUGGUGCCAGGCUCAGUUGGGGCAGGAACCCACCCAGGCCUAUUCCAGCGACAGCCCUCUUGUGCUACGUUCUCGAGUAACCACUCUGACAACGGCUUGGACAGUGAUGAUGAAGCUCCGCUAGAGGGAGUAAUCUCCAAUGGCAGCAAGCUAGAAGUGGAGGUAGACAUUCACUGCUGUGCUUUCCAACUACGGUCAGGGGCCCCUGAGAGCCCCAAAGACUUGGACCUUGAAAAGCGAGGCUCUGACUAUCCCAAUGGCAAAAUGCGCAGACAGAACAGUGUGGUGGUUUCUGCUACAAACGGCUGCCUGCUGGCUGUAUGUGGGAGAGAGAUUGCAGACCUCAAAAAGUCUCCUUCCACAUGCAGCCUGUUUGGGAAGAAGCUGUCCAAUGGCUCUGUGGUAGCCCCAGAGGACAGUCAUAAUCUCAUUGAGGUGGCCCUGGAGGCUCCUAAGAAGAAAUCUGGAUACUUCACUGCCCCAGCACAGCAGGACCCCGAGGACCAGCUCAUUGUGCCUCCGAGUCUGGAGCAGGAAGUCAGGGAGCAGCUAAGAGGCCAGAGCCUUCUUGUCUCAGCACCCCCCUUACAAUCCAUACCCCCUUCCUUAAAAGACCCAGUGUGGGAUCAUCCCCACCCCCCUGCAUUUGCCUCCAACCUGGUCCCAGGUCCAGGCCCGGCCCCCAUCCUACAGCAGGAAGUCUACGAUACGGCCCUCUAGAAGGGGGACACAGGACAGCGCCAUGCGGCUGGAAUUCUGUGAUUGUGCCAUUCCAGGAAAGAAGAGGAGAUUUUUCUCAUGCGUGGAAGAAAUUCCAAUUCAAGUUGACAUUCAGAUCUUUUUGCAAGACAAACCUGUGGGACCUCGAUAGUCACUAAGUGAUGCUGCGCCAUUAAAGUGAGGUUAAAAAAAAAAGGGUUUCUGUGCACGUUCUGAGUAUCCAAGAAGAUAGGGGCGACCAAAAUCCCAGUUCAUAACAUGACAUUGUGAAAAGGAUGGCUGGCUAUCAUAGACCAAAACAAGCCUGACUUAAAAUGGGAUACCUCAUGUGUUAAAACAUGUCAGCAACAUUUCCCUUUACUUGGAAAGCAAGCAAUCUAGAGGGUUUGUACGGGAGAUUAUGUUUAGUGCGGUCAAAUCUCCUCUCCAGGGUCUCUGUGGUCUCUCAGGUCCUGGAGAGAAGCCCUGUGACUGAAACUUGAAAAGUGCCUACUGCAGACAACUCAGCCUAGAGCUCCUCCCUUAUCCAGGCUGUGUUUGGGAAUGUGAGCUUGUUAGUUAAAUUUGGAGGAGGGACAGGGUCUCCAAGAGACCAGCACUGGCACAGCUUCUGCUCUCCUCCUCGUCCUUUGGCUUGCAAAGGAUAUCAGAUAUCAGAGUAUAAAUGCUUGUAAGGCCCAUAGGACUAGAAGAUAUAAAAUAUAUAAAAUAACUGCAUUUACAACGCCAGAAACGUAAUGCUUGGGUUUUAUUUUUAACAUUCCCACACAAUAUGUAUGGAAUCUUCUAUAUAGGAUAAAUUAAUUCUAUACAGUAUAGUUCACACUCACAACUAGCAGCCAACUGACGUGGUGUGCUUGAGCUGCUGACACACCUAGAUUAAAAAGUAUUGCUAUUUAGAGUAAUUCAUUUUGAAUAGCUGUAAAAUGAAAUCAUUUUAAAGUCAUUCAACUGUACAGAGCGGAUGUGUUGUAGAGUUCAAAAAUCCUUAUAAAAGUAUAAUCUGUGACAGUGCAUGAGCAAAUAGUCUCCUUAAAAUCUAAAUAGGAAAAUAAAAAAGGAAAAUUGACUUAAUUUAGGAUAGUGGACCCCAGGAUGUUUGGAUAUCAUUUUUUCAUUUGAACAAACCAGUCAAGGCAAUUAAACAGUGUACAAGAGAUGAAGGAUGGAAGCAGUAUUUUUAUGUACUGUAUGAUAUGUCCACUGGUACUAAGAUUGUACAUGUAUCCAAAUGUUGGAGGCUGCUACCCUUUUAAAUGUGUAAACAUUAAUUCAUGUCCUUGCAGGAAGAUUCAGUUAUUGACAUUUGUACAUCUUAGCAAACUCAACUUUGCUCGUGAAUGCACUGCCCACACAUCCAGAUGACUUCCAGGAUGUGUUAUUCUGGCCCAUUACAAACAGAACCGAAACCCUAUAUUUUUGUAUUUUGUGCGAUCUGGUCUGUAUACACAAGAUGUCACGUAGUUUGACCCACAGUUCCACAAGUGCGUGCAGAAAUUUGGGACAUAGGAACAAAUAAUGUUGUGCUAUAAUUUAAUAUAGUUCUCUUUUUCACUCCUACAUAUUGCAUAUAUGCCAUUUCCUGAUCAGGGGGCAAUGCUUCUGUAGAGUUCAGAUCACACAGUUGAUAUAAUAAAGGAUUAUCAGUGCAGCAGCAGCAGUAUACUGCAAGGUACUGCAAUAAGAACGCACUGUAUCAGUCCCUUAUUAUAAGUAAGUAAUGCGAUUUUCCAUUAGGUCACAUACAGUGUUUCAGCAGUUGGUAUGAUCAGCUCACAAUCAGUUUUUUUUCUAAUAUGUGUAGGACCAAUCAUAUUUACCUAAAGUAAGUUGCCCUGGAAACCUCAGUUUGACGAUUCCUAACCCUUCCCACCUUGUGCCAAAAGAGAAAGUAGCUCUGCCCGGGCUGCUGUGGUUAUAAGAAGGCCAAAGUUGGGUAAUUGCUCAUGUCAGUGAUUACUACAUUAGGUGUAUAUUUUUAGUUGCCACUCCAAGUCCGUAGUGGUGCACUUCUGGCAUUCUACAGCUGUUGCAUAACUGGACCUUUCAAUGUUCCCUUUUAGCCUUAAAGUAAACACUACUCAGUAUUUCUUUAAGGGGAGAAGCCCUUUGUUUCAUCCCACUCAUGUUCUGUUUGGGACUGAGGCUCUGGGGGUGUUGUUUGUUAAAGCAGCUCCUCUAUCCUUACUUUGCUCCACAGGAAUGAGUGAUAAGUCAGUGAUAAAGCCUUAAUUGAUGUGUGAGUCUGAAUCUUUUCAUGUUUUUUGCAAGUUUUUGUCUCACACAGUUAAAAGCACUUUGUACAUAGAAAAUAGUGAUAUAAGAGUUGUAUAUAUUUGAGUUUAAUAUAUGAGAUAUUGUUCAACACAGUGUACUGGGGUUAUUGUGGCUUCCGUCAGUCCAACAUAUCACCUCUUGUCUAAGAAUACAUAGCCAACAGAAAUGACAUAAUGACGGUUCAUUUACAACAUUCCCUUUUUGGUGUGUUUUUAAUAUGACAUAUGACUUGACAUGAUUUAUUUUAUGAAAGGUUAUUUUUGUUUGUUUUCAAUUACAUCUGAAUUUUACAGAACAAUAUUUAAAGUUUUAACAUUUGCAACACAAACAGCAUCAUAUAUGUUCUUAAGUACUCUAACACUAUCUGCCAACAUUUCUCUUCCUCUAUAUUAAUACAAAUUAAUGGGUCCCCUCCUGGCCAAAUAAUGAUACUGGGUAUAAAUAAUAAACAACAGUUCAUUAUUUGGUUGAAACAUUGUGCUAAAUGAUUCCUAAACAUCUGGCAUACCUAAAAAUGUUUUUUUUUAAUAAGUCAUUGAUUACAUGUAAUGAAAACAUUAGUCUAAGAUUAUAAUUACUAUAAUCCACAUCAAAGAGCCGGUAUUGUCCUUAUUAUGCUUAUUCGGAAUUCAAUGAUUUCCACGGUUCGGAGUUUUCUUUUUCCAAAAUUAAGAAUGGGAAACUAUAUUUUAUGAUGACGAUGAGGCUAAUUAUUUGUUUCCAGUCACUUUAUUGAUCAGACUGUGCAGUGUCUGAGAUGCCAAACAAACAUGGACUCACACAUGGUGUCAGGCUUCAGGACUGAUGGCAGUAAAACAUGGAUGGGCACUACUGGUAUACCUGCCACAGGAGGAGCUAGAAAAGCUAUAAAACAGAUUAUGAUUGUGAAUAAUAUUGGUACACAUCUGAAACAAGUUGGAAGACUGAACUGAUAAGCAAGUUUGGAGAGAAGAUAUUGAAUUUAUGGUGGGAAUUCGCUCAUACAAAUAUGCAAAGUGUAAAUAUAUAUUCAUGUAUAUCGGAGCUUCAUUUCCCAUUACCUAAAACUACAAGAAUCAUAUUUCUCUAUGUCUGAAAAUGAAUAAUGACUGAUGUAUGUAUGAUGUGUGUAAUUUGGGAUUGUCUGUGUAAAUUGCAUUGCUCUUUAAUUGUUUUCGGAGUGCGUCUCUUCCUUUGGCUCAUUUGCAGUGUAGUUUUAUUAGUUUGGAUUGCAUUGCACUGCUACAUUUAGUGCUCUUCAUAUCAAAUCACCUUGGUCAGUUUUUUAUACAGUUGUACAUUCAUUCUGUCUGUCUCCUGGUUGACACCAUAUAUUCACCCACUGUCCUGUCCAAUAUACAUUUCCAACUUGAAGUAUAAUGAAUAAUGAUCCAUCAGUAGACUAAUCAGUGUGCGUGAACAUAUGCCAACUGUAUGCGUAGAUACAGCAAGAGGGAGCACAAGGUACAGUGCAUUGGCAUAAGAUAUUCCCUUUAAUUCUUUAGUGGAGAGGGUCCAGUAGUGAAAUGCUCAUAAUCCCCUUUGUGCACCAAAAAAGAGGGUAUAUGCAUUUGAGUAGGCUACAGUGUAAGUGUGUGUUUUUUUUUUUAAACUGCUGAUUCAUUUCUUAAGUAUAAGGGAUAAUUUCCUCUUUGCACAAUAUAACAUGCUCCCUGUACAACUCUGUUGCAAAGUGUCUGUGUUUGUGUGUAAAAUGAAGUUUAAGCGCACAUGUUCAAGUGUAUGCAUGCCCGUGUGAAUAAUGGAUUGACUGUAAUUCUGCGUGGGUAUGGUGAAUGAAACUGAUCCAAGAUGCUCCAGUUGUUUAACAUGUGACCAAAGUAGCCAUUGUUUAAUCUCACGGUUCAUUUCUGUACAUUAUUUUCUAGAAAUGCUUGAAUAUUUUUUUCUCGAUGCCAAGAAGCUGAUGUUUAUUUUUGUACUUCAUUGUUCCAUGCAAAUUUAUAUUUCCCUCUCCACUACAGAAUUUAAAGUGAUUGGGAUUCUACAGAACACGGUCACUCAUUAUGGUACUUUGUUUGCAGGUACUAAUUCAAGCUGUAUUUAAUGUUGAAAGCAUGCCCUAAAUAUAAAUCAACAUAAAAGCAUAGAGUACAUACAAAAUGUGAAUUAUUUCUACAAAAUGGAGCAUAUCUAAUAUUUUGAGGUUUGUAUUCUAGCAUGCAGAUUAAUGCUAAAAUUGAGUUUUACGUUUAUUAAUGAAAAGAUUUAUUUAGGAAAAGGUCUAACAAUGAGCACUUUUGCUGUGUAUAAGACAGAAUUGUACUCCCCUUGAACUUUGAGAGUGGAAGAUGGUUGCUAUUUUUAUUUGAAAUGCUGCUAUCAUUAAUUUUGAGCAGAGAAGCUGUUUUUAAAUUAACUUUAAGCCAAGUAGCAAUAAAACUUUUUACUGUGAAUUUGUUUGUCGAGUAUCCAUUUUGCUCACCGUUUUUAUGAUGAUUUCAUGCCAAUAAAUAGCAUCAAAAGGA